CCCUCGUCCCGUUCACUCGCAGUCGACCAGAACUUCAACAUGGCCGUUCAGGACGAGCUCGAAUACCUCAAGUCUCUCGUGACUCAGCUGAACGAGAAGAUCCAGGCGCUUGAGGCCAAGGCGAAGGACGCGGUCACUAAGCCUAAAACGCCAGCUCAACAACUCCGGACUAUUCUUGUUGGUCCCCCUGGUGCAGGCAAGGGUACGCAAGCUCCUCGGAUUAAGGAAGAGUUCUGCGUCUGCCAUAUCGCGACCGGUGAUCUGCUCCGUGACCAGGUGUCGCGCAAGACCGCUCUCGGUAUCGAGGCCAAGAAGAUCAUGGAUGCCGGAGGACUUGUGGGUGAUGACAUUGUCGUCGGCAUGAUCAAAGAUCAGCUUGAGAACAACAAGGAGUGCAAGAACGGUUUCGUAUUGGACGGGUUCCCCCGUACUGUCCCUCAGGCUUCCAUGCUCGACAAGAUGCUGGAAGCGCGCAAGGAGAAGCUGGACUCUGUCGUUCAGCUAGUAAUUGAAGACCAGCUGCUCAUUUCUCGAAUCACCGGACGCCUCAUCCACCCCGCAAGCGGACGCACCUACCACAAAGAGUUCAACCCGCCGAAAAAGCCGAACGUUGACGAUGUCACUGGCGAGCCCCUCAUCCAGCGCUCGGACGACAACGUCGAAGCUCUUCGCAAGCGCCUCAAGGUUUUCCACUCCCAGACCGGCCCUGUCGUCGACUAUUACAAGCAGAAGGGGAUCUGGCACCCUAUCGAUGCCGCGCAGUCUCCUAAGCUCGUAUGGGAGAACUUGCGGAGUGUACUGGCGAAGUCAGCCGAGGGCAAGUCGUGACCUCACCUUAGAUUGCACGAACUUUGCCCUGUCCGGGCGGACAUCCACGUUGUUAGCAUACCUCUGUGUAGUAGCCCUAGAACGUCCAAGCAUUGCUGUCAAUACCAUGUUAUUAUCGGC